GCAUGAAGUCAAACACACCCACUGAAUGCUGUGUGAAUGACCGUUACGGAAGUGUUGUUUGAAACGUGUGUUGUCAUUUACUUAUUAACAGAACAGAAAGUAAACGAGCUGAAAUUGAAAUAGUGGAUUUAAACCUGAUCGACCCGGAUCGUCGUUGGCAAUGACUACUGAAGGAGAUCCAACUGAUUGGGUAAAAGUGCUUCACCUUUUGGUGAUUUCAUUCACCUGGGGAAUGCAAGUGUGGGUGUCUUUCAUAGCAGGAUUUGUGCUGAUUUCCCAGGUUUCCAUGCACACGUUUGGUCUUGUCCAAAGCAAAUUGUUCCCUUUUUAUUUCAACUGCCUGUUGGGUGGUACCGCAGUAAAUCUGGCCAUAUAUGCAGUGUACCAUCCUAGAGAACUGUUGGACUGGCAUGAGGGCGUACAGAUGAUUUUGUAUUUUGUGGCCGUGAUCAUGGCCGGUCUGAAUGUGCAGUGGUUCGGCCCAUCUACCACAGAGAGCAUGCAGGUCAUGAGAGAGAUCGAGCAGGAACAUGGUUUGGGAGCGGAAGUGGGCAUGGGAUCCAACAGGGAAGGAUAUACCAAACUCCGCGAGCAGGAUCCGAAGUACAAGGAGCACAGAGCCACUUUCUACCGCUACCAUGGUCUGUCCAACCUUUGUAACCUCGCUGGCUUUAUCUCCACUACCAUUAAUCUCAUUUACCUGGCUCUAAAUUUAGGAACUAUAUGAGUGUUGUGUGUCACUACAGAAGAGUACAUGAAGCUGACAGGGAGAUAUUUUCAGAUAAUUUUUUUGUGCUCGUGCCUUUAAAAUUUUUCUUCUGUUUUAUUAUGUCUGGUUGUAUUGAAUAACAAUAAAACUUCUAAUUUGUAUACAAUGAGAAUUCUAAGUGUACUUCAGGGUGUAAAAAACAAAUCAGACUCCUUUUAGUGGACCAAAAAUUUGAACUAAGCAAAUUUUUAUUUGUUAAUUAUUCAUUUUCUUCCAAAAUCUACAAUAAUUAUGCUUGAAAGGCUGGUUAAAAUCCCAAGCCUCUUUUUUGUUGUUUACAUGUUUUUACAUGUAUGCUUGCAGUGUAUUCAAGGUAUACAUUUUAUCAGUAUGUGUUUGUUCCCUGGGUGUAAAACUGAUGGAAGACUUGUAAGUUGUUCUAUAUAUUUGGCAGUAUUUUGGCAGUUUGCCCCAUGACAGUAUUUUUUAAUAACUGCAUUAAAAAAUGUCAUAAUUCCCAUAUAACUGUCCUCUGUCACACCAUUGAUUCCUUUACCUUUGCUAUUACGUUGCCAAAAAUGAUUGGAGGUAUGCAGUAAAAUUGACCAUGUAGUAAAGUGUAAUCAGGCCACCUCCCAUAAUAUGAGUUUGGUUCCCUUUAAAGGUGUUGUGUGUAGAUUUUUAGCGGCAUCUAGUGGUGAGAUUGUGAAUUGCAACCAGUCCACAGCUCACCCCUCCCUUUCGAAACGCAUAGAGAAGCUACAGUAGCCCCAACAGGACAAACAUGUGAUUGUCUGAGACAACGUAUUGACAAAUCACACUCUAUAAAGCAGUUUGUCUGUUAAGUCUUAUUGUAGAAACAUGGUGGCAUAAAAAUAAUUUUCUAAUAAUAAAUGUAAUAAAUACAGGUCAUUAUGUAAGGUCUUUAUACACCACUGUUAAUGUAGUUAUGUAUAUUAUAUUGCAUUUAUGUCAAGAAAUAAUUCUUAAAGUUACACAGUGCACCUUUAAAUGAGUCCUAAUUAAUUUUUGAGCAUUCACAUAUAAGCCAAAGCCCCUACAUACUACCCUCAGACCCUGCAUUUUCAGGUUACUUCCGAAAUAUUUUUCGAAGGCAGAUAUGCCCAGACGUAUAAUUUUUAAAAUGUUUUUGAUAUUUCUUCCUUUUCUUUUUAGAUGUUUUAAAGUGAAUAAUUGCACUUGUGCUUAUUAUUAACAACAUAAUUAACAGCAUAUUUUACUCAUUUAGCCUUUUAUUUCUUUUUUGUUUGCAUUUCAUGAUUUCUGCGUUUGACAAUGUGAUUAAUAUAUAUUUCACCCACAAGAAGACAUUUUCAUAAUGCAUUUAUGAACUUGUUUGCAUUUUAUAUAAAUUGAAUGACACUAAAAGGACAAUUUGAAUAUAUGGAAAAGCACAGCAGUGUAAAUGUGAAAGAACCUUUGAUCAUCUGUGUGAAUGUAAUGUUUGAACAGCAAAGUAAACUUCUUUCCUUUCAUCAUUUUACAGUGUUUUGUAUGAUGUUUGUGUUGCUGUGAUGCCAUGUAAAUGCAUUUGUACAGAGUUUUGUUUAUAUUAAAGGGGACAUAUCAUGAAAAUCUG